GUUCUUUCUUCAUUGUAUUCAGUAACUGGAUUAAGCAUCACUCUGUUUUGAAGUUUACUGUGUAACAACAUUUUGUCUCAGGAGUAGAAGGUGCUGCUAUUCACAAUGAGGUUCAUAUUCUCAUUGUGUGUUUCAAUACUGCUACUGUAUGGUGAAAUAAUUUAUGGACAAUCAACAGAUGACCCUUGCAACAACUACAAUAUGCUGGAUGAUCCUCGAAGAGCCACCAACAAUAAAUAUUCUUCUGAAAUAAUGUGUGACUGUGAGGUCAACUGGAAUGGUUGGUACCGUCUCUACAUUCAGGGUCAGAGCGUUCAGAUGCCAGACACAUGUGUUGAUCAGGACAGCUGUGGCACUCAUGCUCCACUGUGGCUGAACGGAGGACAUCCAACAGUUGAGGAUGGAGUGGUCACUCGAGAUGUCUGCGGUCACUAUGACAGUAACUGCUGCUCUUUUCUGUCCAAUCCCAUUAAAGUCAAAGCCUGUCCAGGAGAUUAUUAUGUCUAUGAGUUUGUGAAACCAGCUUUCUGCUAUUUAGCAUAUUGUGCAGAUGUAACGAACAUCAACACCACUUAUACUGUCACAACUACAAUUAUGACUGCAGUUCCUCCUGUUGACCCCUGCUACAACUACAGUGUGCUAGAUGAUCCAUGGAGAGCCACCAACAAUCAAUAUACCUCUGAAAUAAUGUGUGACUGUGAGGUUAGCUGGGAUGGCUGGUACCGUCUUUUCAUUCAGGAUCAGAGCGUUCAGAUGCCAGACACAUGUGUUGAAGAGUAUAGUUGUGGCACUCAUGCUCCACUGUGGCUGAACGGAGGACAUCCAACAGUUGAGGAUGGAGUGGUCACUCGAGAUGUCUGUGGUCACUGGGACAAAAACUGCUGCUAUUUCCAAUCCAAUCCCAUUAAAGUCAAAGCCUGUUCAGGCAAUUAUUUUGUUUAUGAGUUUGUGAAACCAGCUUUUUGCUCUUUGGCAUACUGUGCAGAUGUAGCUGUUUUGAACAUAAAGACUAACUAUACUACUGUCACACCAAAGAAAACCUCAACCUAUACUACUAUAAUGAUAGAAACAACUUCAGCUAUAGAAACCACAUUAAUAGAAACUACAAUCAUGGUUACUGGGAAUGCAGAAAGUACUACCACAGAACCAAAAACAACAGACAGCAGCACCAAAUCUCCAGAAAGUUCCACAAAAGGCACCACAUCAACAGAAACCACCAAAACAACAGAAAGCACCACCACUGACACCACAACACCAGAAAGUUCCACAACACCAGAAAGCACAACCACAGGUACCACAAAACCACAAAGCACAAUAACCGAGACCACAACAACAGAAAGCACCACAAAUGCUACCACAACACAAGAAAGCACCACCACGAGUACCACAACACCGGAAAGCACCACCACAAGUACAACAACACCAGAAAGCACAACUACUGAAACAACAACAGAGACCACAACAACAGAAAGCACCACAGCCGGUACCACAACUCAGGAAAGCACCACAACGACAGAAAGUACAACUACUGGCACAACCUCCCUAGAAAGUACAACAACAGAGACCACAACAACAGAAAGCACCACAACCAGUACCGCAACUCUUGAAAGCACCACAGCAACAGAAAGUACAGCUACUGGCACAACCACUCCAGAAAGUACAACAAUAGAGACAUCAACAGCAGAAAGCACAACAACAGAAAGUACCACCACUGGUAUUACAACUUCAGAAAGCACAACAAUGGAAACCACAACUAUUGAAAGCACAAGAUCAGACACUACAACAACAGUAAGCACAACUACAGGCACCACAACACCAGAAAGCACCACUACAGGUUCCACAACACCAGAAAGCACAACAACCGAGACCACAACAACAGAAAGCACUACAACAGAAAGUACAACCCCUGGUACCACAACUCCAGAAAGUACAUCAGUGGAAACCACAACAGACACUACAACAACAGAAAGCACCACGACAGGUACCACAAGAACAGAUAGCACCACAGCCGGUACCCGAACUCCUGAAGGCACUACAGUGACAGAAAGUACAACCACUGGCACAACCUAUCCAGAAAGUACAACAACCGAGACCACAACAACAGAAAGCACUACGACAGAAAGUAACACCCCUGGUAUUAUAACUUCAGAAAGUACAACAACAGAAAUCACAACUGUAGAAAGCACCACAACAGACACUACAACAAAAGAAAGCACCACCGGAACACCAGAAAGCACCACCAGAGGUACCACAACAAUAGAAAGCACCACAACCGACACCACAACUCCAGAGAGCAGCACAAUGACAGAAAGAACAACCACUGGCAUCACCACUUCAGAAACUACAACAACAGAGACCACAACAACAGAAAGUACCAAAACAGACACUACAACAAUAGAAAUCACCAGCACAGCUACAACAACAACAGAAAGUACCCCCACAGGUACCACAACACCAGAAAGCACAACAACAGAGACCACAACAAAAGAAAGCAACACAACCAGUACCACACCUCCAGAGAGCACCACAACAACAGAAAGCACAACCACAGAGACAACAACACCAGAAAGCACCACUACAGGUGCCACAACACCAGAAAUCACAAUAACUGAAACCACAACAGACACUACAACACCAGAAAGCAACACUACAGGUACCACAACAGCCGAGACCACAACAGACACUACAACACCAGAAAGCACCACCACACGCCAAACAACACCAAAAGCAAAAAACCAAAGACCACACCAGACAACAAAACAAAAAGAAAGCACUACAAAAAAAACUUAG